AUGUCUUCAGAACACAGACUCUUUUACACCACCCCCUCAACAACAUUUCCAACCUCGCUGCCCCUGGGCAACGGCCGCUUCGCCGCGUCCGUACUCUCCUCUCCCUCCAAGGAAGUCUUCAUCCUCAACGAAGUCUCCUUCUGGUCUGGAAAAGAGCAGCCAGCAGGCCAAGGACUGUCCGAGAAGCCUGAACGCGCCAAAGAUGAGCUGAGAGAAACCCAAAAGUGCUAUCUCAACGGCGACUACGCUCAGGGCAAGAAGAGGGCGGAAAGGUUUUUUGAGAGCAAGAAGACCAACUUUGGGACCAACCUGGGCGUUGGAACGCUUGAGAUUGCCUUGAAUGGACAGGGGAGCGUUGACGAUGUUGUUGGCUUUGAGAGAGAGUUGCGGCUUGACGAAGCUGUGGCGGAGACGAGAUACAGUUUGAACGGCCGCCAGUUCAAGAGGAGAUGCUUUCUGAGUCAUCCGCACCAAGUGCUCGUUGUGCAGCUGGAGGGCGAUGAGCUGGAGGGGCUGGAGGUUGAAGUCGGUGUCCAGGGCGAGAACGAGGCAUUCACGACCAAUAUCAACGCUGAUGGGAAGCUCGAGUUCAAUGCCCAGGCUCUCGAGACGGUGCACAGCGAUGGAACCUGUGGAGUCAAGGGCUACGGCCUCAUUGCGGCAACUGUAGACGAUGGAAAGAUUCAGCAUCGCCAUGGGAAACUCGUCAUCUCGGCAAAGAAGAGCAUAAGCAUCCUGGUGACGUUUAACACCGACUACACCGAGCCUGAAGACGCAUGGAGAAGGCGAACAGUCUCACAGAUGGACGCGGCCCUCAAGCUGUCUGCCUCUGAUCUCUUCCAAGCGCACCUCCAAGACUUCCAGCCGCUCUAUCGCCGGGUGAGCAUCUCUCUAGGAUCCAAAUCCGGCUCGGCCGCCAGCACUCCCACGGACCAGCGUCGGCAGAGCUUUGAGGCUUCCGGAUAUGCUGAUGCCGGCAUGUUCGCGCUCUACUUUCACUAUGCCCGCUACCUUACCAUCGCCGGCACCCGGCAUGAUUCACCCUUGCCGCUGCAUCUGCAAGGCCUGUGGAACGAUGGCGAGGCCUGCAAGAUGGGCUGGAGCUGUGACUACCAUCUCGACAUCAACACGCAGAUGAACUACUUUGCAAUCAUGAAUAGCGGCCUGUCUGAUCUUAUGCCGCCGCUCAUCAAUUACCUGACACGCCUUGCUGCGAGCGGCCAAAAUACUGCCCGUGUCUGCUAUGGCUGCCACGGCUGGGUCGCUCACGUCUUCAGCAACGUCUGGGGGUUCACAGAUCCCGGCUGGGAGGUCUCGUACGGGCUCAACGUAACAGGCGGCCUCUGGAUGGCGAACCAUCUGAUUGAGAUGUUUGAGUACUCCCUAGACGACGCUUUCGCGAGAAACGAGGCAUGGUCGGUGCUGUCCGGCGCGUCCAAGUUCUUCCUCGACUACAUGAUUGAAGAUCCAAAGACGGGCUGGCUGCUCACUGGUCCGUCUGUGAGCCCAGAGAAUAGCUUCUUUUUUGUCAACGACAAUGGCGAGAAGGAGGAGCAUUAUGCGGCACUGGCACCGACUCUGGACGUCGUUUUGCUUCGCGAUCUUUUUGCACUCUGCGAAUAUGUUACGACAAAGCUAGACUGUGAGCAGAUCAAGUUGAAGGAGGAUAUUCGGAUAUACGAAGAAGCAUUGGCGAAGCUGCCUCCUUUUCAGAUCGGCAAGAAUGGUCAACUUCAAGAAUGGCUUCACGAUUUCGAAGAGGCACAACCCUAUCACCGCCAUUUGUCUCACACAAUGGCUCUCUGCCGCUCAGCGCAGAUCUCGGCUCGCCAUCAGCCCGAUCUGGCAGAGGCAAUACGCGUGACUCUCGAGCGAAGGCAGGGCCGUGAGGAUCUCGAGGACAUUGAGUUUACCGCCGCCCUGUUUGCGCAGAACUACGCCCGUCUAGGAGACGCAGAGAAGGCUGUCGCGCAGGUCGGCCACCUGGUGGGCGAGCUGAGCUUCGACAACCUGCUGAGCUACAGCAAGCCGGGCGUGGCGGGAGCGGAGAAGAACAUCUUUGUCAUUGACGGCAACUUUGGGGGUGCCGCGGCGAUUGCUGAGAUGCUGAUCCGAUCCAUCAUUCCUCGCCUUGGGGGGCCAGUCGAGGUCGAUCUGCUACCGGCCUUGCCCGCGGCUUGGGCUGAGGGAACGGUCAACGGGAUGAGGAUCCGGGGAGGACUGGAGGCUGAUUUCUCAUGGCAGGACGGGAAGCUGGGAGGCGUGACGUUGAGGGCAUCUGCAGCGUCUUCCGUGGUGGUGUUUUACGGCGAGCACAGGUUCGAGACGACGUAUCAGGCGGGAGACGUGCUGAAGCUGGGGCCCACGCUGGAGCUGCAGGGCUGA